CGUGGGCGCAAUUGGAACUGUUCAGGACGGUCGGCGCGUGCGAGCUGGAGGUCGACGGGCUGGAGUGGACAGGGCAGCCUUGGAAGCUGCGAGAGCGGAGCUGCCACUGCCACUGCCGGUAGUGAGGCGCGCUGAGGCGUACCGCGUUCCAUUUCCUUUAGCACCCGACCAUAUCAGUGGGCGAUUAGUCAGUGGGCUGCCCCCAAACGACGGGCUAUCGGCACCUGCAGCCAUGACAUCGGCCCGUAUGCGGGCGGGAGAAAAAAAACACCCCACCACCUCCUGUUUCUGCUCCGUUGCAGCUCCGUUCCCCAAAUAGCGCAGGCAGGUCUUUUUACUUCGCUCGUCGUCUCCCUCUGUCCUCCCUCUUCCCUCAUCUCACACAGGCCAAUUGGCAAAUCACUUCAAUCCCGUCUCUUACCGUCGCUCUCGAAGCGUCCACCGCCCGUCGACCAUGUCCAAGACCGAGCACAAGGUCUGCCUCAGUACGUCUGCUUCCUCUUCCGUGUGCCCCUCCUCGUGCUCCUCCUCGUCGUCAUUGUCGCCCCAACCGUGGCCCCGCCAAGGGGGCGCCGUAUCCCGCGACGCGCACCAGCCCGCGACCCCUUCCACGCCGUCACCGUCGCCGUCAUCGUCGCCGUCGCAACGCCGCGUGCCCGGGAGGAGGCGAGAUCAGGAGGUGACGGCGCUGCAGCACCCGAAGGUGGGGACGGAGACGGGGCACGGGGGCGGCCCGGCGGUGGCGUCGUCGGCGGCCCGGCGCCGCCCCGACUACAUGCUCGUCGUCUGCUUUGUCCUGGUCUACCUGGAGCUCGGAUGGCUAAUCCUCUUGGUCCUGCGCUCGCACAGUCGUCAUUGAUGGCUGGGGCAUCCCCUCGGAGCAGAGCCCCAAGGAUGGCGACGCCAUCACCAACGCCAAGACGCCCGUCAUGGACGGGCUGUACGCCGACGCCGACGGCUACACGGAGCUCGAGGCCUCGUCCCUCGCCGUCGGCCUGCCCGAGGGCCUGAUGGGCAACUCCGAGGUCGGCCACCUCAACAUUGGCGCCGGCCGCGUCGUCUGGCAGGACGUGGUCCGCAUCGACCAGACCAUCAAGAAGGGCGAGCUCACCGGCAACCCCGUCAUCAAGAAGACGUUUGAGGGCGCCGCCGCCGGCAACGGCCGCCUGCACCUCUGCGGCCUCGUCUCCCACGGCGGCGUGCACUCCAAGCAGACGCACCUGUACGCGCUGCUCAAGGCCGCCAAGGAGUACAAGGUGCCCAAGGUCUUCAUCCACUUCUUCGGCGACGGCCGGGACACCGACCCCAAGUCGGGCGCCGACUACAUGCAGGAGCUCGUCGAGAACCUGGCCGAGAUUGGCGUCGGCCAAAUCGCCACCGUCGUCGGCCGCUACUACGCCAUGGACCGCGACAAGCGCUGGGAGCGCGUCGAGAUUGCCCUCAAGGGCCUGUGCCACGGCGACGGCGAGGCGAGCGAGGACCCCGUCGCCACCGUCCGCGAGCGAUACGAGCGCGGCGGCAGCAAGGACAAGGACGAGUUCCUGACGCCCAUCAUUGUCGGCGGCGACGAGUCCCGCAUCAAGGACGACGACACCGUCUUCUUCUUCAACUACCGCUCGGACCGCGUGCGCCAAAUCACGCAGCUCCUCGGCGACGUGGACCGCUCGGUGCUGCCCGACUUCCAGUACCCCAAGAUCAGCAAGCUCGUCACCAUGACCAUGUACAAGACCGACUACCCGUUCGAGGUGGCGUUUGAGCCGCAGCGCAUGGACAACGUGCUGGCCGAGUGGCUCGGCAAGCAGAGCGUCGAGCAGGUGCACAUUGCCGAGACGGAAAAGUACGCCCACGUCACCUUCUUCUUCAACGGCGGCGUCGAAAAGGUGUUUCCGCUGGAGACGCGCGACCAGGACCAGGACCUCGUGCCCUCCAACAAGUCGGUCGCCACCUACGACAAGGCGCCCGAGAUGUCGGCCGACGGCGUCGCCGACCAGGUGUGCAAGCGCAUGGCCGAGCAAAAGUUCCCCUUUGUCAUGAACAACUUUGCGCCCCCCGACAUGGUCGGCCACACGGGCGUCUACGAGGCCGCCGUCGUCGGCUGCGAGGCCACGGACAAGGCCAUUGGCAAGGUGCUCGAGGGCUGCAAGAAGGACGGCUACAUCCUCUUCGUCACGGCCGACCACGGCAACGCCGAGGAGAUGAAGUUUGCCGACGGCAACCCCAAGACCAGCCACACCACCAACAAGGUGCCGCUCCUCAUGGCCAACGCGCCCGACGGCUGGAGCCUCCGCAAGACGGGCGGCGUCCUGGGCGACGUGGCCCCGACGGUCCUCGCCGCCAUGGGCCUGCCGCAGCCCGAGGAGAUGACGGGCGAAUCGCUGCUGGCCAAGGACCUCAAGAGGAGUGCCGAGUAGGGAUGUUGAUGAUGAUGAUGAUGACGACGACGACGACGACGACCGGAGAUGCGAGGGUUGCACGGUGUCGAGGAGUUGAGGAUGUAGGGAUAGAAUGCGGUUCGCGGUGACAAGGGUUGAUGACAUGGGUUGAUAGACGGCAAACGCAGUGCGCGAUACAAAAGCAGAUAUACAGGCAGAAUACACUAUGGCUCAGCAGCGU